AUGGGGACCACCACACCAUCUCUCAAUGUCUCUCUCAAUUUCUCUUUGUUACACUCGCCGACGCACACACACAUCACACAUUCCGGCAACCGGUUUUUCACUGGCCACUGUGACCACCUCCCUACCACAUCCCAUCGCCGUCGUCACACCCGGCACCAAAAAUUACACCCAGAAAUCUAUACAAUUGGAAUACACACACGCACCACAGCCAAAACCCAUCCCAUACGGCGACCGUCAACCAGCCACCAACCCACCGCCGACGCGAGCUCUGCCGAGCAGUCAUUUUUUACGCCAGCUCCACCGAAGCCCCGCCGUUACAGUCGCUUCAUCACCAGGUCUAUGGUGGAUGCCGUCGGGAUGGACACCGUCUGGGGUUGCGGAAUCCGUCUUCUAUCAGCCGACGCCGUCGAUAUGGACUCAGAAGUCUUGAGGCGUCCACCGAGGAGCCGCCGUAAAACGAGCUCUGCAGAUCCACUGUUUGUGAAGUUCGGCUUUGACUCCGUCACUAAUCUCGCCACAGCGUCCGGCGGCGAAAGGCUCCAUCAUAUUACAACAUGGUGGCCGCCGAGAACUCUGAUGUCAGACGCAGAGAAUUUUGGCGGAGAAGACAAGCGGUUUGGUGUGGUGGAGGGGUUAAUUGAUUUUGGGGCUUUUCACAUGAAAAUUAGAUUUGAAAUUUUACAUAUUGCAAACAAGUCCUUUGAGAUUAUUUAA